UGUGUGUGUGUGUGUGUGUGUGUGUGUGUGUGUGUGUGUGUGUGGUACUGUGACCUUGGUACACGAGGCAUAUAAAGAGGAGGUGAGCGAGGCGGAGUUCUACAACUUUCUUCACCAGACAACAUGAAAACCCUUCUGCUUACUGCCACGCUAAUGGUGGCGAGUGCUGUCCUGGUGCUGGCCGCAACUGACGAGUGUACCGUGAGCUGUGAAGGUCACAACCCCGGGGACAAGGUGGCAGACCCUUACAACUGCACUCAGUACUACAUGUGUCUGGUGGACGGCGACUACACAGAAAAACCCAUCCCCUGCGAUCCAGGGUCACACUUCGAGGCGGGCAAAUGCCAGGGCACGGCCGAAUGCACCCCUCAGUGCGUUCCAAAAGACUGUAACCUGUUGUGUACAAAGCCUUUGGUUUUCAUAGCUGAUCCCUUUGACUGCAAUGUGUACUACAUAUGUGAUGCUUCCAAUAACCCUCGAGGACCCUACCACUGUGACGCCGAUAAACAGUACUUCAACGGAGAGAAGUGCACCUCUGACGAGAGUCAGUGCUGCAAAGACCACUGCACGCCCUACUGCAACACGGUGGGUACACAGAUCAUCGAUCCCACUGACUGCAAAAGCUACUACGUCUGCGUGGAGGAGGGCCCGGCGGACCCAAAGUACCACUACAAGUGUGAUAAUGGCUGGAACUUUGACAUCGCCUCUGGACACUGCACGUCGUCCGCCUCCUGUGUUAUCUUGUGUGGGUCAACUGGUUCACCUGGUGGUGGCGGCAGCACACCUUUACCAGGCUGCACGUCCUCCAUGAUUUGUCCCAGCAACGGCAACUUUCCCAUGUGCAACUACUGCUACACAGACUACUUCCACUGUGAAAGCAGCAGCCAGGCAGCCGUGGUCCAGGCCUGCCCUAAUGGAAUGCUCUUUGAUCCCACCUCACAUUACUGCCUCACCAACUGCCCCCAGUACUAACCGUACCUGCCCCCUCCGCUGCCCCAACUGUCCCUGGCCCUAACUGCCCCUGGCCUGGCGAAAUGUUAGGAAAUAACUGCUUCUGCUAUACUAACAAUCCCUACUGGCCUACUACUUCUACUACUACUACUACUACUACUACUACUACUACUACUACUACUACUACUACUACUACUACUUCCACUACUAUUAUUACUCUUUUUACUGCUGCUAACAGGUAAAAGUUUGAUGCAAGGUGUAUAGAUGUAUGUAAUUCAAAAUAAAAACGUGUACUGAAAAGAUA